UUAAUAAGUGAUAAUAAUUAUAUUUUAAAUAGGGAAAUGGAGUCAUAAUAAGUACAGAGUUUUGUGUAAAGAAAAUCAAGUAUACUGCAAUAUCGCGAAGCAGCAUGUUCUGAAGUUUUUAUCAACUGAAUGUCUUCAUUCCGUAAAUAAGAACUACUAUUUCUGAGAUCCGGAUCAAAUUAAACUAUUGGAAGAGGGAUGAAUGGAUGGAUGGAUGAAUGGAUGGAUGGAUAACCAGCCUGAGAUUUAACCAGUUAAUCAGAGACAACACACGGUGUCGCUGUUGACCGCGAGUUUAAAAACUUGAACAUCUCCUGUCUAGGCCCCACCUUCAAUAAGAUGCAGAACGGAAUGCUCUGUGCUGAAACGAUAAGCUGUACGGUAACGUGUUAGAGAAAUACUACAGGCCUCGUAUGCGGUCGCCGAUUUAUCUAUUUAUCUAUAGGCCUAUAUCUCUGUAUACUUUAAUAUGUUGGCUGCUCUCACCUCAAAGGAUCGGAUGUGAAGAACAUAGCGAUGGAUGAUUUUGUUCGUGUGAAAUGUGACUGGAUAUGGUUGCUAACACUCCUUUGUUUAUGGGAUUCAUCCGAUGGACAGGUUGUGUACUCCGUGUCAGAGGAGGUGAGCAAGGGAACCGUGGUUGGAAAUAUAGCGAAGGAUCUGGGUCUUAAUGUCAAUGAACUGGAGUCGCGGAUGUUUCAGAUUGUGUCGGGUUCCAGCAGGAGAUAUUUUGAGGUAAAUUUAAAAAGUGGCGCAUUGUUUGUGAAUGAGAGAAUCGACCGAGAGGAACUGUGUUCUGGUGCUCUGAAAUGUAGUUUAUUUUUAGAAGCCAUUAUUCACAAUCCUUUAAAUCUUCACCGCAUAGAAAUUAAUGUGUUAGACGUAAAUGAUAACGCACCAUUUUUUCCACGGAAUAAGAUCGAUUUAAAUAUAACAGAAAUUGCUAAUCCAGGGGAAAAAAUCGCUGUUGUUAUGGCAGAAGAUCCUGAUGUGGGGAGUAACUCGGUGAAAACAUACAAGAUAAGCCAGAAUGAGCAUUUUAGUUUGGAUGUACAGAGCGGAGGUGACCAGAGCGUGGCUGCUGUCUUAAUGCUACUGAAAGCACUGGACCGAGAGAAACAGGCCGUAAUAUCGCUAGUAGUUACUGCUGUUGACGGCGGAAAACCUCCCAGGUCGGGAACCCUGCAGGUCACUGUGAACGUGAUGGAUGUGAAUGACAACACCCCAGCGUUUAGCAAGCCGUUGUAUAAGGCUAAACUAAAUGAGAAUGUUCCAUACAGUACAUCCGUAAUAACACUGAUUGCGACUGAUCCGGAUGAUGGAGUAAAUGGCCAAAUACUUUACUCAAUGGUUCAGCACAAAAGCGUUAACUUGGACGUUUUCAGUAUCGAUCCCUAUACUGGUCAAAUAUCGGUGAAAGGGAGUAUUGAUUAUGAAGAACAUCCUGCCUUUGAAAUACACGUAGAAGCUACUGAUAAAGGCGUCCCACCACUGGGCACACAAUGUAAAGUUAUAAUCGAAGUUAUUGAUUUGAAUGACAAUCACCCAGAAAUAUCAAUCACUCCACUAAUGAAAAGUUUAAAGGAAGACGCAACUAACGGAACAACUGUGGCGCUGAUUACAGUUUCGGAUAAAGAUGGAGGCAGAAAUGGAAUGGUGAAUUGCGAUAUAGUCGGUUCUUUUCCUUUUAAAUUGCAGACUUCUAUUAAAAACUAUUAUUCACUAGUGGUCGCCGGACCGCUGGACAGGGAAAUCGCUCCUCAAUACAACGUCACCAUCACAGCUACAGAUGAGGGAACCCCGCCUCUCUCCAGCACCAGCGUCAUUAUCGUGCACAUUUCUGAUGUGAACGACAACGCACCGCGUUUCCCAGAGCCGCUAAUAAAUAUCUAUGUAAAAGAGAACAAUCAGAUCGGGACCGUUAUAUAUACCGUGUCUGCGGCUGAUCCGGAUGAAAACGAAAACGCCCGAGUUUCUUACUCGCUCAUUGAAGGCUCUUCAGCCAGAGUUCCGCUUUCUAGUGUAAUAAACGUUAAUUCGGCCAGUGGGGAGAUAUACAGCUUACAGUCAUUUAAUUACGAAGAAAUGAAAACGUUUCAAUUUCAAAUUCUGGCCACAGACUCUGGUGACCCUCCUCUAAACAGCAACGUGACCGUGAAGGUUUUUAUCCUGGAUGAGAAUGACAACAGUCCUGGGAUCCUCCUCACUGGAUGA